AUGUCGAGGUUCAUCGGGCUCAAGUCCCAGCCCUAUCCGCUCGAUUCCACCGGCCCCGACGCCUCAGUCUGGGACACCCUGUCCGCACCAUACCCACGCUAUCCAAACAAGGACAAGCUCUUCGCCCAGCUCUUCCCGCCAGCCGUCUACAAUGCAACGCUCAGCCCCUGGCUGCCCUUUUCGUUCUCUAUCGCCUACUAUCUCGUCGCACACGCCGCCAACCACAUCGUCAAGCGCAAUGGCAGCACAGACUUUACCAAGGGAUCCUCCCUCCGCGCACGCACCCUCCGCUUCCUCAUCCUCGUCCACAACGCCGCCCUCGCCAUCUACAGCGGCUGGACAUGGGCGAUGAUGUUCCCCUACGUCGUCGACUUUUUCGUCCAAGGCUGGUCCGCUGCCGGCUUCCAGGGUGUCAAGCUCGCGCUCUGCUCCAUGCCAACCAACUGCCCGCACCUCGGCAAGUAUGCCUACAUCUUUUACCUCAGCAAGUACUACGAGGUAUUCGACUCGGUCAUCCUUCUGCUCAAGGGAAAAAAGGUCUCCAACCUUCAGUCCUACCAUCAUGCCGGCGCCAUCAUCUGCAUGUGGAUCGCCUACCGUUACCAGAGCCAACCAGUGUGGGUCUUUUGCGUGUUCAACAGCUUUGUUCACACCUGGAUGUACACCUACUACUUCUUCGCCGCAAUGCGAUGGCCCUUUCCACGUGCCGUCAAGCGCAACCUCACCACCAUGCAGAUCGCACAGAUCGCCUCCGGCACCUUCCUCACCAACCUCUAUCUCAUCACCACUCUCAACCCCGACAAAGUCGUCGCUGGAUUCAAAGCCAACAACGUCUCUUCUUGGUUCCAGCAAAACCCGGCAAAGGACGAAUCAAUCUUUGUGCACGCGCUGCUUCGAGCCGCCUCCUCCGAUCCCCACACUUGCAUGCAAACCACGGGCGCAGAGAUCGCACUCCACGUCAACACCAUGUACAUGUUCCCGCUGCUUGCCCUCUUCUUCAACUUCUUCAUGCGCUCCUACAUUCAAAAGCCCAAAUCCGCCCCCAGCUCUCAGCCAGUCAAGUCCAAGUAG